AUGCAGCAUGCAGGACCUGAUCCCCAACCAGGGAUAGAACCCAAACCCCCUGCAGUGGGAGGACCCAUCCCUAAUCAUUGGACUGCCAGGGAUGUCCCAAAGGGAAGUAUAUUUAAAUCAUUAGCAGGAACUCCUGACCCUUCAAAUCGAGCUCAGAGUAAAACAGUACUACACUCUGGAAUGGAAUGGCAGCAGGUUUGUCAACAUCUGGGGACACCUAGACAGUGUCCAGUCUGGGGACACCUCUUAGCAGUUUUACCCCCUCAACCCUGUGAGACAGAGAAUGGCUUCACCUCACCCCUGAAGGUUUUGAGGGAGCAGGAGCCCCCCUCACACUUAGCCAGGGCUCAGGUUUUCACUCCUUCGAGGAAAGUCUCAGCACCGGCCCCACAAUUACACGACUUUGCUCGAGCAAGUCCAGAGUAA